AUGGCCUCUAUCAAGACUCUAUUCCAGCUUACUUCCCAACCAACAUGGUUCGAGAACAUCGCUAUAAAGUCCGGCGGAACUAUUGUGACAACUCGUCUUGAUGUCCCUGAAGUUUGGGCUGUUGAUCCAGAGACAUCCUCUGUAAUCCGAGUUUUGCGUAUCCCUUUCCCUGACGAGAUCACCAAUCAAGCACUCACUGGUAUCUGCUCCCUCAAACCCGAUGUCUUUGCCGUCGGUGCGGGCUCCUUCGACUUGCUCGGGGGCGCGAUAUCUAAGCCUGGGUCGUGGAGUAUCUGGUUUGUAGACCUCACGACAGAACAGCCCAAGGUGACAAAGGUUGCAGAUAUGCCUGCGAUUGGCAUGAUCAACGGCAUCGCGGCAUGGGAUGAGAAUAAUGUCCUAGUCACAGACUGUCUCAACGGCAAAGUAUACAAGCUUGAUGUUGAGACGGGAUCAUACAGUGUUGCGUUGGAAGACAAGACCAUGACGAUCCCAGUCGAUGCUCCCUUCCAAGUCGGCAUCAACGGGAUCAAGGUUCAUCGAACUUCAGAGCAAACUUACAUCUACUACACAACCACAUCCCGCUUUUCCGUAUAUCGCGUACCCGUCACGCAACAAUUGCAGGCCGCAGGUCCUGUGGAGACACUGGCGUCAGGGGUUGUUGGCGACGAUUUUGCUGUGACCCGCGACGGAACCGUUUGCUUGUGCACCAACAUAUCCAACACAGUUGUACAAAUCCCGGCGGCUGGCGGAGCGACAGGAAAGGUAGCCGGUGAUGAAAAGACCCUAGACCUUGCGGGCGCAACAGCGUGUGUGUUGAGUGAGGACGAGAAAGUGCUGUACGUUGCUACAUCGGGAGCCAAUGUGAUGCCCGUGGAUGGGCAGACAGAGCCAGCAAAGAUCGUACAGGUCAACCUGCACUAG